UAUCAAGGGACGAAACGAAACGAAACUACUAGCCUCCCUCUCCCAGUUUCUCCCCCUCCCUAUCUCUCUGUCCCUGCUUGCAUUGCUCGUGUUGACGCGCCUGCAAGUACGAGACAGCGAGCGGGAGGAAGAAGAAACAAAAAGGCCGGCCCCCGAUGCUAGCUCGCCGCAAGAGCACUACCACCACGCCAAUCCAUUGAGGCGGCUUCGUUAGCGUAGCGGCGGCCGGCGGUGGAAGCUAAGUGUAAAGCGGCCGCCUGCUCGGGGGGAUAAAAGCUACAACGGGCAGCGGCAGGAGGAGGCGUCGUCUCGAGGACUGCGCGCAAUGCCCCUGUCGCGGCACACGGUCGGGAACGAGUACGCGCUGGGUGGCCGCGACCUCUACCGCGCGGCCGACCAGCACGACCCGGAGGACGUCCUCGAUGGCGUCGCCAUGGCCGGACUCGUCGGCGUCCUCCGCCAGCUCGGCGACCUCGCCGAGUUUGCUGCACAGGUGUUCCACGGCCUGUACGACGAGGUGAUGAGCACGUCCGCGCGAGGGCACGGCCUCAUGCUCCGGGUGCAGCAGCUGGAGGCAGAGCUGCCGCUGCUGGAGAGAGACUCCUGCCAGAGAGACUACCUGCAUGUCGCUUCUAACAGGGGUGUCGAUUGGCGUUCGAAUCCGAGGGUCGACCAAGGGGUUGUCACGAGAGGCGACACGCCUCGCUUCAUCAUGGAGUCAAUCAAGCAGUGUCGCGGACCACCCAAGCUCUUCAUGCUCGACAAGUAUGAUAUCGGCGGCGAGGGGGCGUGCUUGAAGAGAUACACCGACCCGUCUUUCUUCAGGACGGAUUCCGCAUGUUCCACCUUGCCGCAUGAGGAAGGAAUUCGAGAUGAAAGAAGACCUCCCAAAGCCAUGGAGAUCAGGCCUAACCUUGAGAAUGCCCAGAUUUUCCAGCCCCCUAACGCAGCCGACAAUGUCUCCAAGCUGGAGACUGAUCCAUCUGCUGAAGCUAUGGAUGAAGUGCCCACAAACCGCAGACGGCUGAAGUACCGCCAACUAAAUGGAUCUGUAUUCCAAAGCUUCAGACCACUUAUGCUGAAUCUGUAUGAAAAGCCUUCGUCAGAGGAGAAACUCGUCACAGGUGGCCACUCAAAAGUGCGUAUAUCUGUGAAUGGUUCACCUGAAUCGGAUACUGAAGAGAGAGAUACCAUGGUAGACACGUCCGUCAACAUGGGCAAAGGCAAGGUCGCUGUUCGCAAGAACAGACCAGUUUCUGAAGAAGCACUGUCACGUUCUUCAGAUGCUCGGUCAGCUGGAAGCAGCAAGGGCUACAACUCCGAAUUGGAUGUCUACGUGGACGCAUUAACCACGGUGGACUCUGAAGCGGAGACAGACUCGGAACACAGGGGCCAUGGACAAUGUACCUUUGAUCGGAUGGAUUCAGACAAUAGAUUCUCCAAUGCUCAAAACGCCAUGACAUCGAGGAACAGCAACUUCGACAAGAAAGAUAGGCCAGAUGUUCCCUCAGCAAAUAGAGAUAUGAGUAACCAGCAUGAAGAAGCCACGGUCUCCACACAAAACACCAAACCAGUGGUUGUUGGCGAACAUGAGAGGACCAGCUCGUUAGAGGAACUGCUUGGCCAAGAAAAACCUGCUUCUUGGGAUCAUGAGAGGACUAGCUCCUUGGAGGAAUUGCUCACCGAAGAUUUCAAUGCUCCAGAAUCUGGAGCAAGAGAGCAGGCUACUGAAGAGCAGAGCUGCAAUGGCAGUGCCACCGGUGCUGUAUCAAAUGGCACACAAGAUAUUACUAAGAAGACCAAGGAAGUCAAGGAGAACUCUAACAUUGCAACUAUUUCCUUCAAGAAAAUAGCAAGCAAGAGGUCCAGAUAUGUCGGCAGCAUGGCUGCAAAAGUUGGCAUUCUGCCAAGGAAACUCUCCAAGAAGCAUGACCCUUUCUCUGAUUCCCUCCGGUGCAUGGCGAAGCAACUCCUUGAACUGAAGUACGAUGGCACUAAAGAUAGCGACUUAUAUGACUUUGAAGCAAACAGUGUGGGAUGUGAUGUCAAGUAUCAGGGAAUUUCUGACCCUCCUGUUGAAAUUAAGGAGAGUGACGUGCACAAAUUUCUGCCAGAUUCAUCCUAUGAUGAUGUGGGUUCAAGAAAAUGCCCGCAGGAAGAAAUGAACCAUGGGCAGGAGCAUGAUGCUCCACCUACUGACAGUCCACAUGAUUCAGUCCCUGAUGAAGGAAACGGAUUUCAGGACCCCAACAUGAUCUACUUGGCAAGCAUCAUCACAUCUUCCAGUUCCCAAGAGGAAGAAGGAUGUGCAAGUACUUCACUGCAUGAGAAUUCAUCUAUGGCAGUGCUCAACCAUAUUUUGGAGCAUGCUCAAGAGAAGUUUGAGGAACAUCUUGACAAGGAUGUGAAUGAGGACAUUCAUACAGAAGUCAUUUCUGAAAAUUCAUCUGGCAAGUGUGAAGACUUGAAAGAAGUCAGCAUUUACUCAGAGCAGGUGAAUGUGGAAGAUAUGGAGGAAAGCAAUAAAUCUGAUGUAUAUGUGUUGGAUGAUGAAACAGCCGAGUACAUAGAAGAGCAAGUAGUUUCAGAUGGUAUGAACUCUUCACCGGUUUCAUCCAAGCAAUCAGAUGAUCCCUGCCGGAUAACUCCACUCGCCCUCGCAGAUGAAGAUGAUACAGUGGCAUGUAAGGUCAUCGAUAGCCCUGAAGUGGAUCAUAUUACAUUAUCAGAAACAUUCACGGACAUUGAUCUACCUAAUGUGGUAAAUGAGUCAGUAAUCAGCAGCGAACAUGCCAUGCCAGAAAAUGAACAGUACUAUUUCCAUCCAGAAACUACUUUUGGACAAGAUCUGUGUCUCGACAACAAUGAAAUUGUAGGGGAAAAUGGGGAAGUUCCACUAUGCAGCUCAACCACUGUGGCUAUAACUCCUGAACCAACUGUAAACAGAGAGAUAGAACAUGAGUUUCAUCAAGCUGUGUAUCAGGAACCAUCGAAUUCAUUCAAUAGCAGUAAAGUUUUUGGAGAUCCACUAGCUUCUGACUCCAGAGAUGUUGCACCGUCAGUCAUCUCGAGCUUUGAUUGGAUGCUUAAUGGUGCAAUGCAGCAGUCAUUCAAUGUCUUUCCUUCUCAUCCAACUAAUGGAAAUGAACAAGAAAAUGGUUCUUCUGAAGAUGCGCCACCACUUCCUCCUCUUCCACCGAUGCAGUGGAGAACAAACAAGAUACAGACAUGCUCAUCACCGUUAUCUGCAAAGAUCGGGAGACCACCAAGGCCAAAACCUCCAGCAAAACAACAAGAAAGUGAAGCUGCUCAUAUUCUUCAGGAGAACAAUCUCCACAAAGGCUUGAGUUUGCAGAAUGAAGUAGCGCAGGCAACUAUUUCUAGUGAUCAUGAGACAAAUCAACUCCUUAACAUGGAUUUUCAUGAAAACCAUCACCAGGAAGGAGAUGAAUAUCAUGCCCAGGAUUCCAAUCCAUUUCCCUCGUCAGAAGCUGAAUGUUUGGCAGAAAUUGAUUCAGUAAAAAGUGAAAAUCUGCACCCAUUGCAGCUACCUGAGCUUAUAGUUGUUCCGGAAGAGGCAUGGUCAGAGUUUGGUAAUAUAAAAUUCAUGCCAGAACAAGAAGGAAAACUCCAACUAAACAACGGACUUUCUGGUUUGGCAGCACAAAAGACCAGCGGGAAGCCUGAUUUGUUUGCAUAUUAUAAGGAAAAGGAAUUAUCAUUUGCAGGUAGUGACAAAGUUGCAAAUUCAGAAGAAAACAAACCAAAUGGUGCUGUUAAACAUAUGCAAAAUCUGGACUUGCCAGCACAACAGAAAAACGACAAAAAUGAUUGUGAUCGCAAGGCAGAGGAGUUUUCCUCUGCAUUAGAGGAUGAAUCAUCAAAAUCACCAACUCAUACAGUGCCAAAACCACCUAGAUACCCUCUACUUCCUGUUACUUCUCAUGACAGAAGCAUGCUAAGAAAGGUACCAACUUUGGUUCAGCCUUCGAGUAAGCUUGCAGAUGAGAAGAACACACUAUUGGAACAGAUAAAGAACAAGUCUUUCAACUUGAAGCCUGUUCUUGCAAAGAGACCAAAUGUAAUGGGUGGUCCAAAAACUAACUUACAAGUGGUGGCCAUUCUAGAGAGAGCCCAUGCGAUUCGCCAGGCUGUUGCUGAUGACGAUGACGACGAUAGCUGGAGUGAGUAGCUGGCUCUUCCCCAAAGCGAUUUCGGCUCCUGAUGUUUCAGAAGUGAUUGCAUCGAUCAGACCUUUGUGUCCCUGUUCUUGCAUGGAGCAAAAGAUGAAAUAGAGCCAAGUUACCACAGGUUUUCAUGCCAAGACAAUUGGCAUGGACCAGGUGAUGCCCAUGGAUGGGCAGGAACGGUAGAAGCAACGUUGCAACUGCAAACGUAGUGUGUCUCUACUUGUACUAUCUGUGAAGUUUCGAAGUGCGUCAAUGUUUAUUACCUUUCGAUGCGCCUCUUGAAAGUUUCAUGUGCUUGGUGAGGAUUGUUAGGUUGUAUAUGCCUCCUAGGACUAGUGUCAUUUUUGUAACUUGGUGAGUGUACAGAAAGAAGCAUGAUUUUUGAGUUGUUCUGGACAUCUGAAGCAGAUAGAGCAAGCAACUGAAUUGUAUAUGCCUCCUAGGUUGUAUAUGACUGUACAGAUCUCUGAAUCCGACAGUUGGCCGCCUAA